GUGUGCUCGCCGGCAGGGUGCGCUAUUUGUCUUAAAAUAUAAACACCUUUCGUCUGUAUUAUGAGAAUGUAAGAAUUUUACAAAUUGCCGUUAACUUGUUACAAACUACAUCAAUCAACGUGUAAUUUGUACCAUCCGUCCUAUAGUAUUUUUUGCAGACAUUUAUAGGAUAGAAGGGUCGGAGGCAUGAAUACAGAUUUCAUUCGCUCCACUCUCGUAUAUAUUCUUUAUAUAUAUAUUUCUUUCUUUAAUUUAGCUAAAGAAAAUAUGUAUGCAAAUUCUUAACAGGAGGUUAUCGAAUGGUAUUUAUUCUAAGUAAAGAUGGUAGAGCGUCUGUCUUACAUAAACAAUCGGGGAUAAUAAAACUUCUAUUCAUUUCCAAUAUUUUUGUCCACCACAUUUCAGUUUAGAUUGAAAAAGACUAAACGGCUCUAUUAUUAUAAUUUAGAAUAUCCAUUCAAAACUUUUAUGCAUUGCAGAUUUUCAUAAAUCAGCCAUUUGGACAAUACUGUGCCAGUCUCUUUAGUAAGUGGCGACACCUUCUGUUUUUAGCCACAACUAAUUCUAUGAAUCUUUAAUCCGUUAACCUAUCCUUAUCAUAAAAGUGAGCUUUUACUGUUCAUAACAAAGGAGCAUUAAUCUAAUAUCGUUGUUAGAUGCUAAAAACAUUAAAAAUAAUUAAAAUUCCAUGGAGCAUUUAUUAGAGCUUUUAUAGAUGGAAAUUAUAUCUAAGUUUUGUUUUUUAUCUAAUUACGUUACUCAGAUAAAACAAAUAUGAUAUUAAAACAUAAAUAAAAUGAUAUAACCACAGAAAUAUACUCCAAGUAUUGACUAUAUCAUCCUAUAAUUAUGUUUACCAGAGUUUACAUUAGUUAAUACAGUGGAAGUGGUUAAUAAAAUUAAAAAAAGAGUUAAGUUAUAGUGCAAAGGAAAGAAAGUAAUAUCUAGUCAGUUAGAGAGGAAAGAGAGUGUGAGCGAAAGAGAGAGAGAGAGAGAGAGAAUAUGGGUGAGAGAGAGAAAGAGUGAAAAGCAGACCAAAGGUAUAUAGCUAGAUACACAACUUAGAUACAACUUGGUAUCUCUUUCACUUGUUUCGACUGUUGAUGAUAACUUCAAAUAAAUUAUUUAGUUUAUUACUUAUCAGACUGUUGUUAUAUUCCACUUCUAAUCGAUUGCUUGAUCGUAAAAAAAGAAGUUUUAUAUUUAUUAAGAAAAAGUAAAUAUCCGCCAAGUUUAUUAAAUAGAGGGAGCCGCCGUUACGUUUUUCCAGGGCGUCUUUUAUCUAGCAACAGAAGCAGGUGAAGGUCUUUUAUUGUAUAAACAUUAAACAAAAAAAAUACUUCUAAAUUGAUAGAUGGAAUUUGGAUUAAGGUCAUUUUUUAAAAAAUUUCCUACUACUUCAUAAAACGUUAGAUGGCGUUCUUUAAUUUAAUAUACUUUCCAGUUCUACAGUAAUUUAAUAUAAUGAACUUAAAAAUGAUGUUAUAUCAGAAUGAGCAGCUGUAAAUACGAACAAUAACUAAUUUAUAAACGUCUUGAUGGAAUCAAACGCCUACUUUACAGGUGGUGGAAAAUCUUAACAUCUCACUCCAAAAAGCUCGUAAUCAUAACUUAUUAUAUUACGAAUUUUUUAUGCAGCUGUUCGACCCUCAAUCUUAGCCUUUUUCACAUAUUUUUUCCUCGCCUGUUUCAGGUGUUUGUACAAGUGCUAUCUAAAAACGGCACGCGUGUUUUCCCUGCGAUAUUUUAUAUAUACGCUCCGCGUGACUCCAAGGGGUCACGUGCUACAAGAUAUUUGCAGGUAGCCGACAGAUAAAAGAAUAUACGGCCAUUCGCCUGUGUUAUGUCUGGGGUAGUUGUAGGGUUAUACAGGUUCUUAUGUAUAUUUCUCUCCGGGAAUUGCAAACUGUCAGUCCAAUCAACCCUAUACGAUGUUAAGACGGAGACUUCCCCUCUGGCCAGAUGCUUAAGAGACUAUUCUUCUAAACGAGAUAUUUUUUCUUCAUCAUUCGUAAACCAAUUAUUUGUACUUCUUUAAAUCAUGCUGAAUAUUGUUGCUUGAUGUAGGGAAAUGUUCAAAGUAGAUGGCGCCUACAAGGUUAAAUACCCUUAUAAUCGUGUAAAUAUUUAGAACUGUUGAUCCUUCUCAAUCUUUUCGUUUUAAGGCAGUAGAUGAAAAUUUUGCCUGCGCACCUUAGUGCGCAAUCAGGUGAACAGGUGGCGUUGUUAAAAGGUCAAGUCAAAUAUCCAGACAGCAAUGCAUUUGCGAAACACUUUUUUGAAAAAUACAAAAAACUAAAGAGAGGCCGGAAUCUCGAUCGAAAUAAGCCGAAAGAUUAUUUGUUUGUAUGUUCAAAUGGACAGGUGGCGCUGCUUGAAGUCAAAAUAACCUUCUCACUAAAUUUAUUGACGCAGAUAACAACGGAGGGUAGUGACGGCGAAGAGAUGAGCACGGCCGAUUUGGAAGGUCUUCCUGAAGCCGUUACUGGCGCUACGGGCCCAUUAACAAUUAGGAUGGUGAUGCAGGGAAAGGAGGUCGGCAGUAUUAUCGGCAAGAAAGGCGAUAACGUUAAGAAGUACAGGGAAGAGAGUGGUGCCAAAAUCAACAUAUCAGACGCCUCCUGCCCAGAACGGAUCGUUACAGUUAGCGGCUCUUCUGAAGGGAUUUACAAGGCUUUUACGAUGAUCUGCAAGAAGUUCGAAGAGGAUAUCAACGCCCAGCACGGUCAAAGCGCUUUACCUAAACCUCCCGUAACGAUAAGGCUAGUUGUCCCAGCUAGCCAAUGCGGCUCCUUAAUUGGAAAAGCUGGAGCCAAGAUUAAAGAAAUUCGUGACGCUACCGGUGCUUCUAUACAAGUCGCUAGCGAAAUGCUACCAAAUUCAACGGAGAGGGCCGUUACGAUUUCCGGUUCUGCUGAUCAGAUUACGCAAUGCAUCUUUCAUAUCUGCGCUGUUAUGCUAGAGUCCCCUCCCAAGGGCGCCACAAUACCUUACCGACCUAAACCUAUUCUGCCUCCUGGCUUAAUGGCGGUCGCCGCCGGAGGAGCACCCGCCGCCUCUUUUCUACCCGCUCCUUCUCCGACAGUCUUCUUCCCUCCAUCGCCGGACGCCGCCCACCUGCACAAACUGGCCCUACAACCGCAGACGAUGCUGCCACCUGGCGCCUUUCCGUUUAUUGGUCAAAGCCUCCUACCAGGGGCAGCCACUUCCAUUCAACCGGGAGUUAUACAGUCAAUUGCAACCGGUUUACCCACCGGGAGUGUCUCGUUAAGACCAAACGCACCUAUUCAGAAUGGAGCUGCUCAAACUCAUGAAAUGACUAUACCUAACGAUCUGAUUGGCUGUAUAAUAGGAAGAGGUGGUGCCAAGAUAAACGAAAUACGACAAUUGUCAGGCGCUCAAAUUAAAAUAGCGAACGCCGACGAAAGUUUAGGAGAUAGAAAAGUGACGAUUACGGGUACACCUGAUACCGUACAGGCCGCUCAGUAUUUGAUAAAUGCCAGACUUCUAUGCUGUUAGCCGAGGGUUGGCGCUUUAACGGGUCUCUCGAAUUUUGCGUCGAGCUUCACGCCGUCGCUCAAGGCAUUCAACAUCAAAUUUCAACAAGUUUUCCUACUCCUACUGAAGCCGUUUCCUCAGCCAACGAUGCUAUUACAACGACCAGUAAUUCACAGGCCUUUACCGGUCUACCGGUAAUAAGUCCUCAGCAAUUUAUGGCCUCUGCUGGAUUGAGGCUACCCGUUAUCGGUUUACCGGUUUCGGCUACGCCAUUUGACCCUUCUUCAGCUGCUAAACUGACUGGUAAAGUAAAGCCUACUGUUGCAGCAGCCUCGAAGUUUACACCUUAUUAGUGUCUGAACAUUUCUCGGGAGAACAGGAAAAUACGAAAAAUAGGGGGAAAAAAUCGAAAUAUUUUGAGAUUUUUCUCAUCAAUCGAAAUAUCUUUCUCUAAUUUAAAACAGAUGAAAUUUAAUUGUCCAGGUAGUUGGAAAUGUUUUCUGGCUGGUCUAUUUGUGUUCAUUCAUAUUCCUCUAAAUAUUCGAAAAUUGGCGGUAACAAAUGAAAAUGAAAUAAUUUCAGUAAAUUAAUGAAUUUUCUGGGUUAUUUUUAUAACCAUCUUUUGAGGAAUUAAAUGAUAAAAUGGAAAUAAUAAAGCCAGAAUUCAUUUCCUCUUUACACCUCUGGCUAACUUGAGGACGUAAGAUAAACGUGUUUUUUUUUUUUGUUAUUAGGCUGACGUAAAUUCGUGAUACCUGAAAAACGCCGACCAGUUUUUUCUUGUUUACGAGUUAUUGACAACUUACAAAACAUAUUGCUGAUUUUUUGUGUUGUACAUAUUUAAUGUUUAAGUAUAUACAUACAUCUUUAUAUAAAACGAGAUAAAAUUUUAUGUGUGUAUAUGCUAAUAUUUCAGUAUCGUCUACUCGUAUAUCAUGCAUUUUUUCAUACAUAUAUGUUAUAUAUAUAUAUAUAUGUAUGUAUAUAUAUACACUAUAUAUAUAUAUUUAUAUAUACUGACUGCCAUAAUAUGGGUAACGUUUAUUUUUAUUUUUUGACAUGACAUUUAUUUUUUUUUGUUCCAGUUUAAUUUUUUUCUUCUCUUUGCUUACGAAAAAAGGAAUGCUAUAUUUGUUUUUUUUUUCUUUCUGUACAAAGAAAAAAUUGCUUAUUAAAAACAAAAAGACGUGCUUAUUUGUUUUUUUUUCUCUCUCUUUUUCUUUUUCUGAACGAAGAUUGCUGCCAAAAAAAAUGGAAACAAAAUGUAUUUCUUUAUUACUUAUCGUAAAUGUAUAGGGUAGAGCGUCAAAAACUGAUCUCAUACUGUUGCUCUAGGCGCUGAAUUGUUUGUUUAUUUUUUUUUUUCAUGCAGUUUGUUUGUGGGCAUAUAAUACAAAUGUAUAUUUAUAUGUAUAUACAGUAUAUUUAUGUAUACAUGUAUAUGCAUAUAAUUAUUUAUAU